AUGGCUCCAGGCCUCCUUCUCCGGAAUAGAGUACUCCGUACCGCGACAAAGCAUCCACAGACUCAGUGCCCCAACGGCCCGCGCUACAUCUCGUCCCAAAUAAAAACAAGAAGUCUUUGGCCGACCUUGCUGGAGCGCCCCCCGGGUUUGCGGAUAAAGCAGGCGCUCGCUGUCAGCCUCGAAAAAUUUCUGCGUCUCGCGGCUGCGUGCAUCGAGUGCAGCUCAAUUGGAAAUAUCAAGGUCAACAAACAGCAAUCGGGGCCAGGCUCCAACUGGACGGUCGAUCACAUGCAACGCGCACAGUCAGCGGUUGAUUUUUCCAACCUGCUGAACCCCGAGGUUGUGUCGGAGAGCGAUCAGGACUCGCCAACUCUGCUGAAGACUGGCGACGACAUGGCCGCUGCGGUUGGCAUGAUCCGCCCAAACGGGCCUCUGCCAGGAGGGAUGCCCGCUGAAACGACCAACGAGCUCCCCCGCCCCUACAAGUGCCCGCUGUGCGACAAGGCAUUCCACCGCCUUGAACACCAGACCAGGCACAUCCGGACGCACACGGGCGAGAAGCCUCACGGCUGCCAGUUUCCCGGAUGUAGUAAGAAAUUCUCGCGGUCCGACGAGCUGACGCGCCACUCAAGGAUACACAGCAACCCCAACUCGAGGAGAGGGAACAAGGGCCAUCAGCAGCACCCCGGAAUGGGUUUGCAGCCAGAUAUGAUGCCGCCCCCGCCCGCUCCCAAGGCCAUCCGCUCGGCGCCUCCUACCGCCCUGUCUUCCCCUAACGUUUCUCCUCCCCACUACAGCUCGUACAACUUUCACGGGUCCUCUUUGAACCCCUAUAGCCACAGCCGUAGCGCCCUCGGGAGCCAGAGCGGCCCGGAUAUGGCCCUGUUGGCGAGAGCUGCCGGCCAGGUGGAGAGAGAUAACAUGCCCGGCCCCCACCACCACUACGCCCCCCAGAGGCCUCACCCGUACUAUGCCAACGCGGUGCACCACUCGCGCGGCCACUUGCCCGGACUCCAGGCGUACCACAUGUCCAGAUCGCACUCUCACGACGACCACGACGACCACUACGCCCAUGCGUACAGACACGCCAAGAGAUCAAGACCCAACUCGCCCAACUCGACGGCUCCUUCAUCCCCAACCUUCUCGCAUGACUCGCUCUCGCCUACACCAGACCAUACGCCACUCGCAACUCCAGCCCACUCGCCUCGCCUUCGUCCGUACGCUGGCUAUGAGCUGCCGCCAUUUAGGAGUCUCUCUCUGCAGCAGCACACGCCUGCACUGGCCCCCCUUGAGCCGCAGCCAGAGGGGCAGUUCUCGCUUAACCAGGCGCCACCUCAAGUGACACCCAGGAGCACCGGAAUGUCGUUGACAGACAUUAUGAGCCGGCCAGACGGCACACAACGGAAGCUUCCUGUUCCCCAGAUGCCCAAAGUGGCUGUUCACGACUUGCUAGCGCCGAGCGAUGGAUAUAACGGGAGCGGUCGGAGUUCGUCCUCCAACAGCAUCUCUGGAGGCGAUUUAGUGGAGCGGAUGUGA